AUGUAUAGUAUGAUCGAAGCGCUUGGUUGGUGCGUGUUACUCUAUUUCGGUUCUCGCCUGGCUCAGGUCAUCUACAGCAUCAUAUAUCCAUAUUAUAUUGCCAAGCCUUUGAAACUCAAAGAAGCUGCCGGCGGCAAAUGGGCAGUGGUGACCGGUAGUACCGACGGUAUUGGACGAGCUUAUGCACUCGAGCUGGCGCGAAACGGCUUUUCCAUUGUUCUAAUAUCACGGACGCAGUCGAAACUGGAUCACGUUAAAGCUGAAAUUGAAAGCGCAACAAAUGCCGAGGUGUGUUUUUGCGUUUUUGCCUGCUGUAGCAGCUCUAUGGGGCUGCACAGCAAAAAUGCACAAAAAUUGAUUACAGUUGCUUAUUGUCCUAGUAAUACAUUUGUUCCCGCAAUUCUUCCAAUCAUUUUUUAA